CGGCAGGACAGGUGGAAUCUAACAUACCAGGGGGAGGGGGCUCGGGUUGAACUGUCUCGUACCUGCGAUCCAGAGAUCAGAGCCGGCCUGACACCACUCAGCGCUGACAUUGAUGACUUAACAGGUUGAACAUCUGAGAGAAUAUUAGCAUCAUGACGCAAUACGUUGACAGAAACCAGGUGUUAAAAACCACCAAGGUGCGAACAUCGCUGAAGAAUGAUGUCAGCUGGAUCCAAAGCUCCGAACGGGAAAAAGAAGAGCAAGACGAAGCAGGGACGGACCUCGGUGAGGAGACCACACCCGCUGAAGUCAAGCAGAAGUCAUACGUCCUCUCCACGGCCAAGAUAUUUGAAUCAGUGGAGGAUCCUGUGAGUCUUCCUCCCAAACCGACAACUGAAGGUGAUUCAGCUACAGAAUCACUAUCACUAAUGACAAACGGUGAAGUUGUUCUUCCCCAAGAAGAUGCUCAGCCUGGGGGGUCAACAGAGGAGACCACAGACAAUACAAAGCCCAAAGAACACACAGAAGAACACGUCCAAAAUGACGAAGCACAACCAGGCAACACAGCUGAAGAAAACAAGGAAGUUGCUGAUGCACCAGUCGACCAAUCAAAUGCAGGAGAAAAACAGAGCACUGCUGAAGUCUCUGCAGAUAUUCAUGUCCAAAAUGUAGCACUGUCAUUCUCUUCAGUAAAGGAAAACCCAGAUGCAGCAUCUCCUGCAGAGCCAGCCGAGCAACCGGUGGUAACAGCUGAAAGUGAAGUGGAACAUGCUGUUACAGCAGCUGAGCAGUCAAUUGGAGAUCCCACCCAGGACAAGGUCUCUGCAGAUGCUGGCGUGGAAGAUCCUGUUGCAGAAACCUCAGAUGUGGCUGGAACAGAGGAGAAGAAUGAACCUGCCGAAGUCCCUUCUGAUGCUUUCACGCUCAAACCUCAUGAGGAACCUUCAGUCAAAACUGCGGCAGCAAAUGAUACACACUUGGAGGUCGCCACGGUAGAAUCACCUGAACAAGCUGCAGAGGUUCCUCAGGAAGACGCUGCAGAUAUUCAUGUCCAAAAUGAAGCACUGACAUUUUCUUCAACAAAGGAAAACCAAGAGCCAGCCGAGCAACCGGUGGUAACAGCUGAAAGUGAAGUGGAACAUGCUGUUACGACAGCUGAGCAGUCGAUUGGAGAUCCCACCCAGGCCAAGGUCUCUACAGAUGCUGGCGUGGAAGAUCCUGUUGCAGAAACCUCAGAUGUGGCUGGAACAGAGGAGAAGAAUGAACCUGCCGAAGUCCCCGCUGACGCUUUCAAGGUCAAACCUCAAGAGGAACCUUCAGUCGAAAAUGAGCCAGCAAAUGAUACACACUUGGAGGUCGCCACGGUAGAAUCAACUGAACAAGCUGCAGAGGUUCCUCAGGAAGAUGCUGGAGAGGUUUUUGAGGCUGUAGCUGCAGUUGUGGUGGAGUCUGCACAUGAUAUGAGUGACGGGAUUCAUGCAACACCAGAAGAAGAGGCCCCUCUGAAAAAGAGUGUGGAACCAGUCCCAGAUUUAUUGUUCGACUCUCUAGCCGAUUCAUUAAAUCUCAGUCCUGUAUCAGAAUCGCGGAAUCAGUCUGCUGCAAACACCACGAUCGAGUCUGAAGAGUCAAAUGUUGAAGCUGCAGCUCCAGCAGAAGCAGGUUUAAAGACCAGAGCUGAGGAAGUGCCCGAGAGUGAGGUCCAGCCUGUUGAUGACACCGCACCUGAGAAAGCAGCAGAUCCUGUGCUGGUGGAGUUGGACAUCACUGACGCUGCUGAGCCUGUAGCUGUCUCAGAGGGUGGAGCGGUUCAGAGUGAGUUACCUGACGGAGGUAUUGAGCUGACUGAUGCAUUGGAUGUGGAGCCGCCCACAACUGAAGCUGCUCCUGAACCUGUGGAGGAUCCCGAACAGUCCCCCUCAGAGGAGGCGGAACCGAAACAGUCUGAUGAUACCAAUACCACUGACUUGUUUCAAAAGCGCAGAGAGGAGCAACAAUCCAAGUACAAUCUGAAAGUGACCAGUGAUGGCAAAUCUAUUUGUUCGUUCUGUGACCAAAUUAUUGAUGGACUGAUCAAGCUCACAUUCAGCGACCCUCUGCUGACCUGCCAUGCUGAGUGUCUAAAGUGUGGUGUGUGUGCUAAGGGCCUAGGAGAGUUGCUGAGGCCCAUGUUUCUGCGUGACCAGCUGAUCCAGUGUGAUGGCUGCUUCUUCUCGAGACGUGAAGCCUGACUGUUGUCAGAGGACUCAAAGUAUACUGUGAUUAAUGGGCUGAGAACUUCAUCCCUGUUUCCUUUAGGCUGUUAAAAUUUAUAACAAUUUUCUCAGUUAACGCUUUUAAGUACAUUUUGUCAGGAUUGGGAAAUCUGCAAAAAGCCUCUGCAGUUUGUUAUGUGUUACAACAACUGCCAAAGAUCCUUGAAUGAAAUACUUUGCAGGUAGCAUGAAUGAUUUUGGGUGUAAUGUACUUUAUAUGGUUAAAAUAAAAUCACUGCUUAAUGCUUUA